UGAGAAGGAUUGUUGCUUAUUAUUGCUUUGGUUUGCUUGGAAGAAGUAGCCACAACAUUUUGCUCCUCUAAAAAACAUCAUGAAUUUCAUAACGUUAUUUGCGUGUGUUUUUCUAAUUGUGGUGCUUCAAGUUACGAUAAGUUCGGCAAAGAAACCUGAUAAUAGAAACAAGAAGCAGGAGGACAACAAAAAUCCUGACAUUAAAGUAAACGAUGAGCAUGACGAGUUUCCAAGUUUAUCAAGUGAACUACAACAACUCCGAGAAUUGGCUAGCAAAGAAAGUAGAAGCAUCAUUUUGACGACGAAGAAGCCAAAACACUCUCGACGAAAGAAUAAACAUCGGACCCAUCGCAGACCUCAUUCCAGAAGAGCAGGAGGAGGUCGGCCCAACAAGAAAAUUAGAACCAGGCCGGGCGACAUCCUCAAGGCAGAGAAGGAGGUGGAAGGAGGUGGCUCUCAAGGAAUUAUUGAAUCGGAAAAACAAGCCACGUCAGGUCGAAAGAAUCGACCUCGGGAAUCUCGACAUCUUGAGACGCUCGACACCGAUUCUACCCACCAUGUCAAACAUCACAACCACCACAAUCAUCGUUUACAACAACGACGUAGAGCAGCUCGUCGUAACAAACACGGUCAUCAUAGCCAUAAGCAUAAUAAUGCCAAUAAGGAAAAUCAUCUUGUGGGUCAACAAACUACAUUUCAGGCAAAUGGUAAGGAAUAAAUCAUCCAUGGUGAGGAAAGGGGGUCGUUUUUAUUAAAAUAUUUAAUUUAUAUAAUCUAUUCCCAAACUACAUGAUAACUAUAUUAUAGUUUUUCAUAACAAGUAUUUAACAUGCAUAACAUUUUUUAUUCAAAGUUGAAUACAUACAUACAGUCUUACUAAAUAAAUAAAAUUUUGUUACACACA